UAUAAAUGUCAAACUGUCACAAUUUUUAGUGCAGUGAUUUUUCAUUUCGUUGAUCCCACUUGUGAUUGCUAAUAAUCUACACAUCUACAAGAAAAUAAUAGCAAGAUGCAAGGUCUCAGCAUCGCAAGUUUGAAGAAGCACAAGGCUUUGAUCCCGCUGUACGUGUGCACGGCGCUGGGCUGCGGCGGGGCCAUGUUCUACCUGGCGCGCCUGGCGCUCCGCUCGCCCGACGUUUCCUGGAGCAAGAAGUCCAACCCUGAGCCGUGGGAGGAGUACAGGAACAAGCAAUACAAGUUCUACUCUCCCAUCAGAGACUACUCCAAGGAAGAAGGACGAUCACCAGCACCCAAAUACUAAAUGGUAUUACAUAUUUAAAUAUUAACCGUGCUACAGUCUAGAUGUUUAUUGUUUAAUAAAUAGUUAUUAUGUGAUAAUAAUUA